ACCACGGGGGCGCGCGCCGGCUUCUGACUGGAGGCCGCGGCAGCCGAGGCGCGAGCUGCCCGAUAAUGGCGGCUUGCGGAGCUCACGAGAGGGAGAAGCGGCGGCGGCUGCCCUGAGAAACCUCGACCUUGAAGAUGGUGAGUAGCCAGCCCAAGUACGAUCUAAUACGGGAGGUAGGCCGAGGUAGUUACGGUGUUGUGUAUGAAGCAGUCAUCAGAAAGACCUCUGCAAGAGUAGCAGUGAAGAAAAUCCGAUGCCACGCACCUGAAAAUGUUGAACUAGCCCUUCGAGAGUUCUGGGCACUAAGCAGUAUCAAGAGCCAGCACCCAAAUGUGAUUCACUUGGAAGAGUGCAUUCUGCAAAAAGAUGGGAUGGUGCAAAAGAUGUCCCACGGCUCUAAUUCUUCCCUUUAUUUACAGCUUGUAGAGACUUCAUUAAAAGGAGAAAUUGCCUUUGAUCCCAGAAGCGCCUAUUAUUUGUGGUUUGUGAUGGAUUUUUGUGACGGAGGAGACAUGAAUGAGUAUCUGUUAUCCAGGAAGCCCAAUCGAAAGACUAACACCAGCUUUAUGCUUCAGCUCAGCAGUGCUCUGGCUUUCUUGCACAAAAACCAGAUCAUCCACCGAGACCUGAAGCCUGAUAACAUCCUGAUUUCUCAAAGCAGGCUGGAUACCAGUGACUUGGAACCUACACUGAAAGUGGCCGAUUUUGGUCUAAGUAAAGUGUGUUCAGCAUCUGGGCAGAACCCAGAAGAACCUGUCAGUGUAAACAAGUGUUUCCUUUCGACGGCAUGUGGAACGGAUUUCUACAUGGCUCCUGAAGUAUGGGAAGGACACUAUACAGCCAAAGCUGACAUUUUUGCUCUGGGAAUUAUCAUCUGGGCGAUGCUGGAGAGGAUCACCUUCAUAGACACAGAGACAAAGAAGGAGCUCCUAGGGAGCUAUGUAAAGCAGGGGACCGAAAUCGUGCCUGUUGGGGAGGCACUUCUGGAAAAUCCCAAGAUGGAACUUCUCAUCCCUGUGAAGAAAAAGUCUAUGAACGGGCGAAUGAAACAACUGAUUAAGGAAAUGCUGGCUGCAAACCCUCAGGAUCGUCCGGAUGCGUUUGAACUAGAACUCAGAUUAGUCCAAAUUGCAUUUAAAGACAGCAGCUGGGAAACGUGACCUCCUGCUUGCAGGCAUCUUCGAUGACGUGCUGCUUCUGAUUCAACAGUGACUCGACAUUGUGUGGCCGAAAAGAAGACGAAAGUUAGACUCCACCCUCAAGGGUUAGGUUUUACUGUGGGGUAAUUUUUUUCUCUCGUUUUUCUUACUCCAUGCAGGCCAUUUUAUUGUAUGUUUUGAAUGUGUAUUACCAAUGUGGGUGUAAAAAAUUUUUUUUUAAUGAUCAUUGGUAAAAGUUUGGCAGAAAAAAAUUCUCUUAAGAGCCAAGCAGAGAAGAAAGUCCAAUUUUCUGGAAAUAUGUCUUUAAGUAUUUUAGACAUUCCUUGUCAGUAUUAGGCAUUUCCAUGGAAGAAGAGGUUUGCAUGCUGGUAAUGCGACCUUUGAAGCUUUGUAAAGGAAACAUAUAUGUAUAUAUUUAUGUAUAUGUAAGUAUGUGAAUGUGUGCAUUUUGCAUUCCACAUGAAGAAAAUGCCACUUCUGUUUAAAUUAUUUGAUAGAGGUUUGGGUUUUUGAGGUUUGCUGGUGAAAUUGAUGAUGAAAACUACACAAAACCACCUUCAUCUUCUCCCUGCCCCUGCUGCUGCGGGAAACAUGCUAAGGGUGUUUGUUCGCUGUUUUGUUUUCUUUUCCCGGUAUACAUCUCCUUUUAAAGGCAUCAUUUAAAGGGUCUAAAAUGGCUGAUUAAACAUAAUUGAAGCUAAGCUGUCCGAGCUGCUGGAGCACGUCUGAGCUCUCCAGGGUCCUGUAGCUCUUGGAGUUGAAUUAGUCAUUCAGUCACAUGGUAGAAGGUCAACAAGGAUGCCCGGUGGCCCAGUCAGACCUUUAGGUAACCGAGCGUUUGUCUAAUUAAACCACUGCAUUGGGACGUUGUGUGCGCUUAAGCAUCGGCCGUGACCUGAGGAUGGUAUUCUUCUGUUCUAAAAACAUUGCUUUCCAUGACUGUAAUACUUGAUGUAUUAAUUUCGAGUUUUAAGACUUGUACUAAGUCUCAGCAUAAAGUUGAAGAAACCAAAUGAGCUCACCCUCAAGUUGCUGGCCCUGAUGUGGCUUCCUGUUGGAUCACUGGAGUCCCUGUCACUUUGGCACUGAUGCUGUUUUCUCUUGUCUCCUGUGAGACAAUAAUGGGACUGGUAAUCACUGUCAUAAAUAUUGGUUGCUCUUUUCCAAAGUGAGAGAUGAUGCAUCCCGAGUUUGGCAAAUGGAUAAAAUUCUAUGCCAUCAACUGCUUUCGAGUAGUUUCAUGUGGUCACCUGGCAUUGUCUGUGAGAAAGCAAGAGACUCCCAACUCCUCCUGAAGUGAAAUUCUAACUGCAUGCUUGUCUCCAGAUUGUUCAUGCUAAUGCAGGAAACUGAGGAAAAGAGUCUUUCCUGAACUAGAGUACCAGUUUGAGAUGAAUCAGAUCCUACUACCCUUGUAUCUAGAUGAAGCUUUAUGAAGCACUAGACCCCACUUCCGGGGCUGGGGUAGAACCUUGGGGCUUGGGCAUAUUAGGGAAGCAGUCUGACACUGACCCCUCUGGGAUCUUUAUAAAGCACUAAGAUGCAAAAGUCAAAAGAGUACCAGCAUGUUGCCAUCAUCAGCAGGUCUCAUUGUCUCUUCAACUCUUGAGCCUCCACGCCUUCACGGUAGGGCAGGAGCAGCUCAGUGGAGAACACUUGCCUGGCAUGUCCGAGGCCCUGGAUUCAGUCCCUAGCACCAUACAAAUCAGUAAGUCAAUAAAUAAAAUGUGUUCAGAGGGUAAUAAAAGAUAAAACACCAAAAAAUGGAACAUGUAAAACUUCUAGACUGAUUUAUUCUGGAAGUUUAAAAACAUGAACUGAAAGGCUUUAUUAAAAUCUCAUAAAUGAAAAAAAAAAGGCACAUACACCUAAUAUCACUUGCAGACUUAACUAAAAGAAUUCUAUCUGAAAGAGAAGUGUAUU